CAUGAAAAAUGAAGACAAUCAGUUGAGUAUCACAGAGGGGAGUAUGGAAAACGAACUAGUGAGCUUUUAGCUGCAUAUAUUGAUUGGGACCCAGAAGGUAUUGUCUGUACGGUCCAAGAGGAGAAUGAAAUACCUUAGUUUGACGGCCCAAAAUAUACAGGCCCAUUAAACUGAAUCGGGCUCAUAUUUAUAAGAAGGGAAGUGAUUAGUGACGACUAACGCGGCGCAUGACUCAGUCCGCGUCAGGAAAAGGAGCCAACUGCUCCGCAGCUACCGUUGCUGCGAAGAAUCUCGCACGUGUGGACCCACCCUCCAUGAAUCUUCUUUCUUCGUUUUCCCUUUUAUAUUGAUUAAUAUAUAAGGAAAUACAUUUGGCAUUACUCCUCAUCAUUACCUUUUUUGCGGAUCCCGAUUCCUUGUUCAUUUCUUUCACGCUCCAAUCAAUGUCAGAGGAAGACGGCAUGGAUAAUAACUACAAGAGUUUAUCAGAUUUUGUGAAGCACUUCUACAUCCCUAGUUACAUCUUCUCGCCAGAAUCAGAGGAGUCUCAGGCACUGCCGAUCGCUCCACCAGAGAGCCCCGUCCUCGUAUUCAUCAACUCCAAAAGCGGUGGUCAGUUGGGAGGGGAACUCCUAAUUACAUAUAGGUCUCUUCUAAAUGAGAAGCAGGUCUUUGAUCUUGGGGUAGAGACCCCGGAUAAGGUGCUCCGCAGAAUCUAUCUUAACCUCGAGAGGCUCAAGGAUGAUGAUCUUGCUCGUCACAUUCGCGACAAGUUAAAAAUCAUUGUUGCAGGAGGUGAUGGAACUGCUGGGUGGCUACUUGGAGUUGUAUGUGACCUUAAAUUAUCACAUCCUCCUCCUGUUGCCACCGUACCUUUGGGUACAGGAAAUAACCUCCCCUUUGCAUUUGGAUGGGGAAAGAAAAAUCCGGGAACUGAUACAGCUUCAGUGGAGUUGUUUUUGGAUCAAGUCCUCAAGGCCAAAGAAAUGAAGAUUGACAAUUGGCACAUACUUAUGAGGAUGAAGACUCCUAAAGAAGAAAGUUCUUGUGAUCCUCUUGCACCUCUUGAGUUACCUCAUUCUCUUCAUGCAUUUCACCGUGUCUCUUCUACAGAUGAACUAAAUAAGGUAAAUUAUCUUUCUGCCACCAUAAUUCUGACUCGUUUUCUCUUAUUAUGGAUAUCCUUUUACUCUUUCCAGGAAGGUUACCACACAUUUCGCGGAGGAUUCUGGAAUUACUUUAGCCUUGGAAUGGAUGCUCAAGUUUCUUAUGCGUUUCAUUCUGAGAGGAAGCUGCACCCUGAAAAAUUUAAGAAUCAGCUCGUUAAUCAGAGUACCUAUGUAAAGCUUGGUUGCACGCAAGGAUGGUUUUGUGCCUCUCUAUUCCACCCUGCUUCACGGAACAUAUCUCAGCUUGCAAAGGUUAAGAUUGCAAAUAAAAAUGGCCAAUGGCAUGACCUUGACAUACCCCCUAGCAUCAGGUCCAUUGUAUGUCUGAAUCUGCCCAGCUUUUCUGGAGGGCUAAAUCCUUGGGGCACACCAAACCCCAGGAAACAACGUGAUAGAGACUUGACUCCACCAUUCGUUGAUGAUGGCCACAUUGAGGUUGUUGGGUUCAGAAAUGCUUGGCACGGACUUGUCCUGCUCGCCCCAAAUGGGCACGGCACACGACUUGCCCAGGCAAACCGCAUUCGCUUCGAAUUUCACAAAGGAGCAGCGGACCAUACAUUUAUGAGGAUGGAUGGGGAGCCGUGGAAACAGCCACUGCCAAUGGAUGAUGAAACUGUGAUGGUAGAGAUUUCACACCUUGGCCAAGUGAACAUGCUUGCAACUCAUGACUGCCGGUCCAGAAGCAUGUACGACCCUUCAACCCCCCGUCAUCAGGAUUCUUCGGCAGAAGAGUGUGAUGAUAAUGAAGACGACUCAGUGACUGAAGGCGAGGAAUUUAGAAAGUUUGGUGCUGCAGAUACCUUCAAGAUUCCUGACGAGGUUGAUAUUUCUCACCUUAGUUAG